UCAUAAAACUAUAACGUUAUUUGACGAGCUAAAACAAUUAUCGUAAACAACUGAUCCAGCAAAUUUUGUAAGAGUUUGUUAUUUGUUAAACACUGUGAUCUGUGAAAGUUAGUUCAGCGACCUCUAGUAGAUUUUUUUUGCUUUUGAUUAACGCCGAUUCAUUUAACGACGAAGAUUUUAUUUUGAGAAUUUUCUUAUGAAUGUUGGGUAGAUUUUGUAUUGAAAUAAUAAGGUUUGAGUAGGUAGGUUCCCUUAUUUUUCGAGCGAAACGAUGUGUUACUUGUGAAGAAAAAUGGACUUAGUUCAAUGAUUCGAAAAUGGCAACUCAAUGGUUAGACAAUGAACAAUUUACAAGAUCAUCUGGCAAAGAGAGGUCGAUUCGAGCGGGAACUGUGGCUUUCGUUCACAGAUCAUGUCUAGAAACGUGGUUGGGAGAAUCUAAUACUACAACUUGCGAACUAUGCCAUCAAAUAUUCAAUACCGAAAGAGUACCAAGAUACACAUCUGCGAAAUCUGUAUGGUAUUGGUGCUGGCGUUCCAACGGAUCUGCUCAAGAUGUUCGCAGUGAUCUAGUGGCUUGCGCUAUCAUAACUCCUUUGACUAUAAUUAUCACUUACGUCUGUCUUUUUUCCUCUGAGUAUUAUAACCAAGUAAAAUUUUCUAGUGUUCCUGCUGCUAGAUGGACAUCAGUAUCUUUAUUGAUUAUGAUUGGAAUUAUGCUUAUAGGAUAUUAUAUGUGGGUGUAUUCUACUAUAAGGAUGCAUGCCCGGAGAUGGUAUAAUUGGUGGCAAAGAACAUGCAACGUAAGAUAUAUACCACCUGGUACAGCUAGAGUUGUAAAUAUGAAUUUAGCAGAAGAAGUAAGAGGUGGUAGAGUUGAUGAAAGUAGCAGUUCAGUUCCGGUUGCAGACGUUGCUACUAGUAUAAACGAGAGUGAAAUUAACCACACUAGUAUUUCAAAUGGUGUUGGUGAAACUGUAGUAUAAUUGAGAAGCAUUAGGUAUAAUUCUAAUGCGGCGUAAUAGAAUUAUAACGAAGGAAUUUCAGUAAGAAAAAUAUUUAUAAACGAAUGAAGACAUUAAAUAUGUAAUAAUAGUACUAUUGUUGUUUCUGUUUUAUAAUACGGUUCCAAUGCAAGCCGAUUCAGAUGACAACCUAUAUAUCAAUUCGGGUUUAAAACGUCCUACGACGUCCGAUACCUAAUUGCCACUCCUUCCUGCCGCCUUUCUUAUUCCAUGCAUCCAAAACAAUCAUCUGUACCAUCU